CAACCAGUUGGAUCCAGAGCAUCGUCUGCGAAAGAUACCCGAGGUCCUUUUAUUCGGGGCUCGAGGAAAGUGUCCCUUUCGGAGCGGCCGGGUCGAUCGGGAACGGCCGACGACCCCGGCGAGCCGCCCUGGACGAGUACCCGAGGAACCCGCGAAAGUGGAGCCUAAAGCAAGACCCGGUCGAUGACGGAGCUCGACGGCGUCAGAGAUAUUUCUAGGCACCCCCGAGAGACUCGGGUCAUCCGGAUCGCCUAGACUCGAAACGACUUCGCGGCGUUGCCGAGGGGCGACCCGAAGACCGACCCGAAGACCGACCCGAAGACCCCGCGACAGGUACGGACCUCGGAAGAGGACGGAACCCGAGACCGACCCCUGGCGCGAGGAGCGGAGGAUCCACGUGUUCGACGACGUCCCGCCCCGGAAGGGGAAACUUUUGGUCGAGUCGUUGAGAGAUCACGAGGAUAGAAAGGAAGAGACGUCAAGAUGCAGUGGCGCCGCCAGCGGAGAGUCACUCGGGUGAUCGGCUCGUCCAAUCACGCGCUUCUGUUAGCGAGGUACCAAGACGCUCCGCCGGGCGAGGGCGACGACGAGGACGGUCUUCGGAAUGGGUACUCGAGGGAGAACGGCCUGGGGUCCAGGGGCUUCGAUCGAAACUCCCAGACUGGCCACAAGCCAAGAAGAUCCGGGGUCAGCGACACGGGGAGCGACUACGGGGGAGGCUCCAGGUCCAGGAAGGUCGACGCCCCGGGCUCUCCCUCCCAGCCGAAGAUCAUCUUCAACGAGGACGAGUACACGAGGAUCACCACCCCCAGGCAGGACGUCCUCUUCAAGAAGGGCUACCUCUCGCGGAAGAAGCCCGGAGCUAGCACGACCAGCACCAGUGCGACCCCUUCCACCACCGAGAGCCAGUCCGCCUCGCAUUCCACUGCAGACGGCAGCGAGACCACCGACGACCAGCAGCUCCUGGACCGAGACAGCGCCGGCGGGGAGUAUCCGCAGACCGUGGAAUCCGGGGCGCAAAUGGGCUACGGCACCUUCUACGACCACGGGAGUGGGUACUACUACGAGUACCCCGUGAUGCUGGUGGGGCCCCCUCUUCCGGGGCAGCUGGAGCCGAACGUCCUGGCCGCCGUGCCCUGCGGUCCGGUGCCCCUCAGGCCCAUCGAGUGGGUCAACCCCGACUUCGUGCCCAAGUUUGCUAGCCAGCAGUACUGCUUGGUGGACUACCAGACCGGUCAGAUCGCGGGACCAGCACCGGCGGUGGAACCGCAGCCCGUCCUCCUACCUGCGGAACCGACGAACGCGAACGCGAACGCGAACGGGAACGGGAACGAGAACGAGAACGGGAAUGGGAACGGGAACGGGAACGAGAGCGGAAACGGGAGCGUCAACGGCAGCACCGGCGCGGCGGAAGAGGAGCGGAACGGGGACCACCAUCUCGAGGACGCUCCCGUGCCCUAUCCCGAAGUGGCCGUGACGCAGCCGGUGCACGUCCAGCACGUGGUGCACCCUCCGAUGCCGCAGCCGUACCUCUACCCGGGCCACUUCAUGUUCGGACCCCCGUUGGUGAACGUUAACGGUGUGACGAUACAAGGCGGCCCCAUGGCGAGGAGCACCGAGAUUUCGGCCACGACGGUGGUCGCCGGGUGUCCCAAUCGGCGGAAGAAGAAAAAGAGAAGAAAGCAGAGGCGAGCUAUGGUCACGGGCAACACGGAGGACGAGGAGGAGGAGGAGUACAGCUCGGAGGGCGAGGGCGCGGCGACGAACCCUCGGCUGACCUGGACGAACAACGCCUCUUCGGGGAACGGGAGCAACCGGCCGUUGAACCCGGAGUGCCAGGAGUUCCAGCUUCGGGGAGAGGCGCCUUCGGCGCAACGGAACGACGAAGACGCGACGACCUCGAGAAGCGUCGAGGAGACGAAUCCUGGGGAAGCGGUGGAACCCGGGCGCGAACCGCCGCCGGAAAACGGCGACGAGACGAGCAACGAUGGUGCCGACCGCGAGGCGAGCUCCAGGGCGGGCGGCGAGGAGGGCCCUGGAGGUCGGAGGUCGCGCGAGGUCGCGUCCCCCGGCACGACAACGACCGAUAACGACGACGAAAGACUGACCCCCGAGGCCCGGGAGGACCUCCCCGACGGCUCGGAGGACGAAAGCACUCCCAAGCCCGAGACACCCCCGCGGGUCGAGGGAAGCCCGGUGCGCAACGGGAACGAGAGUCCCGGCUCCGAGUCCGGGUCGGGGAGCGCGGAGACGCCCAAGGCACGCCCCGGGGGCGCCGCCGCGGAGGAGAGUCCGGCCGACCCGAUGCUGGAGAACGCCGAGGUCGGCGUCACCUCGAGGCCACGGUCCAGGCCGACCAGUCCGGAGAUCAACCGCACGAUCACGCCGAUCAACGCCGAGACGAAGAGGCUGCCGGAGAGUUACGAGUCCCUGGUCACCCGGCCCCCGGGAGUUCCUCCCAGGAGGAGGAAAUACGCCACGAAGGGCCCCAGGAUCGUAAGGGAGCCGACUCCCGGGCCGGACCUCGAGGUCGAGAGCAAGUCGCAGACCCCGAAGGCGGAGGAAGAGGAGGAGGCGCCGGUCCCCGCGAAGCGGUCUAUCGACGUCGUCGAGGCGAGGGCGCGGGGGGUCUCCUUCACUCCGGGAGGGAGCGACUCGGUGGACGAGGAGGUCGUCGGGAACCUGGACUCGCCCGGGAGUUACGACGCGAAGAGGUCGAAGAUGCCGAGCGAGGGCACCGUGGGGUCCAACGACGAUUCCGGGUUCGAGAGCCAGACCAGGACGUCGGGGAGGCCGAUCACCGACGCGGUCACCGAGUGGCUGAAGAGGGUCAACGCGAGCGAGGCCUUCGCCGCGUCGGCGGGCUCCUCGGACGCCGAGGGCGACAGCGACGGGGACGACGAGUCGCCAAAAAACUUGCAAGGCAACCCCAUGCCUGCACUAUCUGUUAAUCCCGCCGACGACGGAGAGGCGUCGUCGGUCGUCGGAGGUCGCGGUGAGUCGGGGAGGGUCAAGGUGACGGAGGGGGGCGCGGAGGGUGCAACCGGGAAGCGGAAGGUCAGGUCCAGGUCCAGGAGGAAGUCGGAAAGGAGAGCGGAAUCCAAGGCGAGGAACGGCGAGCCUCGACUGGCCAGGACGACCCAACGACAACCCGGGAACGCCCGACCGUCCGUCGUCGGCGAGGAGCCGCGCGUCCUGCCGGAAGUCCGUUCUCCAGCCCCGGAGGUCAUCGCGAAGGAUAGCGCUGCGGGUGUGAGGGUUGCUUCAAGCUCUCGGAUGGCGUCGACGGAGGUCGACGGGAAGGAGUCGUUGGACCGGGGAGACCUCGAGGAGGCCCCGGAUGCGGCGAGGGACCUCGUUCACCGUUCCUCCCCGUCCGGGAAGACCGACCCUCUUCGGGGCCCUCACCGCGGGUGGUCCGAGGUGGACCUCGAGAAGGGAGGCUUCGCGAUGGAGGACCCGGUCACCGGGUGGAAGGCGUCGAGCGUCGAGCGAGUGCCUGCGGUGAGGACUUUCGAGAAAGGGGAGGUGGUCACUCUUCGGGGCAAGCUGCUGCCCCUCAGGAGGUGCGAGAUCUCCGACGACUGGGUACUCGGCCGCCCCGGAGGGAGGCUCGCGUCGGAUCGACCCAGGGACGAGGAGCGGGACAGCUUGGGCGACUCUUUGGGCAGCAUCGACGAGCCGGACGUCUUGGAGUGCUGGGAGGUGGAGACCGUCGAGCCCUGGACCACGCUGCAGGGCAGGGGCGUCUUCAGGGUGGGCGAGGCUGCCGAGGAGGACGAGGACGAGGCACGCGCCAAGUCGGGCUCGCUCGAGGCCAGCAAGGAACGGGUCGGCCGGUACUACAGGCUGGCCAGGGAGAGCGUGACCAGCCCCGAGGAGGACGCCACCUCGAGGAGCACCGUCCACGGUGGCGCGGAGCUUCGGUACGCGCGCAUCGAGCCUGUCCCCGAAGAGGUUCCCGUCGACGAGUCCUUGGGAUUCGCAGGGAAAAAGGAGCCGCCGGUGGACGAGGCGUUCGAGGCUUACGAGAGCUGCUACACCGGAAGACCUCGAUCGUUCUCGCCGAUCUCGGACUCCGUUCUCGGGAAGCCGGGCUCGCUCCGCGGCAAGGACGAGCAGGGAGCCGUACCUUGCAGGGCCGUCUGCUGCAACAUCCAGUAAUCGUCCCUUCGUGCUCGAACCGCCCGGAAGGAGUUCGUCCGGCCGCCUCCACUCGUCUCUCCUUCCCCGAGUAACCGCGACGAGCGUUCUCCACCCGUUGUUAUCGCGUACUUAUCCAAAGCCGUUGGUUAAUUUCGACUACAAAACGCGAGGCAAUGUCAAGGCGAGAUGUCUAUUUUUCGAGGGGUAAUUGGUGCGGCUCUUGCGUCGGACGAUUGUCGCGGUUACCGGAGUAACGGGAGAACGGCGGCGGGGUGGAUUUCUCUCGGACCGCUCCUCCUCGAAUCGUUCGCCGAUUUUGUGGGCCCGCGCGAGUAGCUCGAUUUGGGUCUGUUCAAGAUCUGGAAGUACCGGAGGAACGACACGAAAUUUAGUUGAUCGUUUAAUGAUGGGCGAUUUCCGCGUCUCCUUGGCGGCGAAAUCGACCGAGGUCGAGCCGCUGCCCGGGCCGAAUCCUAGAGUUCACUGCCAGUACCGAAGAGGGACACAAAACCUAGCGAGCACAAAUGACGCCCUUGCGUCGAUGGCCCUCUUCGCGAUGGAUACGGAAGCCAUUUUCAAAUUGUACCCAGAUCCCAGGUGCGCGAUUCGAUUGGACGAUGGCACGCAAUAGUGGCAGUCAAUUUCGGAAGGCGGUUCCCACGAGGGAGGAGGACGCUCUUCGCGGACAGAAGACCGUCUCGCAGCAGUCCGUUAUCCCGUCCUGUCGAUUGAAAGGAAUCGGAGCCGAGUGGCGCGUAGUUUGGAGAUCUUCUACCCCAAGAGCUACGAGGGAGGAAGAGGAAGAGGAAUCGCAAGUCUUCGCUGCCCGUUAUUGUAAAUAGCUUCGCGCGUCAUCUCGCGUCUUCGGGGACGCGUCCUCGCCAGAAAUGGGCGGACUCGACUCUCGAUCGAACUCGGUCGACCCGACGUCCCCGUACCGUAAUAUACACACAUACACCUAUUACAACGGAUGAUAAUAAUAGACGAUAACUGAUAAUACUAAUAAAGGUAUAAAGAUAGUUCCUGACGCGUCGGAGGGCAACUUCUCAGCUGGAAGCACUUUUCGGUCUCCACUAGGGAGCGGCGUAGCUCUGGUAGCGAGCUGACAUAGCAGAGAAAUAGAGAUUGUAUUUCUGACGAUUUUAACAGGCAAAGUGGCACGAGGUGAGCGAAAGAAAUUUCUUCGACUGCGUUUGGUUAAUUUUUCAAAAGCAUUCGGUCGAGGGGACCGAAUUUUCGCCCGACCGAGCCGGAUUGCUUUGGACAACCAAAGUGUUUCGGUCGAAUCGUUUCGUUGAUUUUAGAAAAUAUUUUAGCCAGAACUUCUGGCGUCCUGUCGCACGAUAUCCGAUGUCGUCAACCGAAGGUUAUCGAACAAAGAAUUUGGUUGUCCCUUUAUCCGUUAUUUUUUGAGGUCGAACCAAGAAAAAUUGUAUCGAUUCGAGGAAAUAUUUUUCAGCGCGUGGAAAGUGGCAGCGGUGAAUUCGGAGGAGAGAUUCGAUGUCGCCCACUUCUGGCCCGAAAGUUCGCGCCACGGUUGAGACGUGCUCCGUCUACGUAAUGUUUUUAAUGUUAUACCGUUCUUGUUACUAUUCUAUAUAAGCGGCGAACCAAGCGGCGGAGUAUCUCGCGCGGUCUUGUUACACGGAGGAGAGAAAGAGGCAUACUUAUAUUUUAAUCGUUAAGUAUAGCGAGGUCGGUAGCAUGCGAGAAACAGAGACUCAGGGAGCGAUACGAGAGACACACGGGACACGUCGAGGAGCAGUCAACUUAACUUACUUAGUCAUUAGAUAUGGCCUUUGCUUGAAAGAGCGUGAUUUUGCUUAGGGAAAGACGAGGGCUUGUCGCGUAAGGCGCGACCCCGAAGAGUACCUUGACGAGUAUCCCGAAGACCUGGGAAAAUUCUCCAAAUCAUUUUUCCGCCUCCGUGAUUUAUAUUCCCCGCUCCGGGAAAUAUAAAUAAUAAAGUGGAAAGAAAGACGCCGUGCUAAAUGACGAAUUUCUAUAUUUUUCCUGCGUCUUUCUUCGUCAUUGCUCGCGUCCCGUGGCACUCUUCGGGAUCGUCGCCAAGUGCGGGGCCGCAAGCGGAAGAGGACGAGUGGAUUUUAGCUCGAGGAGGUGCGUAGGAUUUAAUCGGCGGUCGUAACGCGUUGUAGUAGCGCGAAGCUUUUCCGAGCUUUGCAGAGGUGUGUUCGCUAGCUGCGCCGUUCGCGAAGAAACGUGUAAACGAGAAAACGUAGAAAAGGGAAGAGAAAGGUGAAUUGAAGGCGUCGAUAAAUCCGGGCGGAUCGGUUGGUCAGAGGCUAUCGGAAGUGCAGUCCGUAGGACGCCUCGUAAUCAAGAGCUGCACUUUCGUUAUGAAUUAGUCCAUGCUUUGGGUAGGUCCCGCAAGACAGUAGUCGACAUUAGACGUCGAAACGUUGCAGAGUCGAUUCCCGGCCAGUCACUGUUCCUCGGGAAGGGUCGUGAUAGGAGACGAGGAGAGCCCAAUCGGCCGGAAAAAAAAGUGGAAACGAGGAAAGGAUAAGAAGGAACCGCGUUAGGAGAACGUUAACGUAACGUGUAGUCACGGUACACCGCUAUUACUAAAUGCGCGUUGCAUCAAUCGUGUGCCUUAUUCUGUGGCGGCCAUUUUUGUAACCAUUUCAGAGCAAACUCUUCGGUAAGGGGCGACAGAGGGGAUGACGGAUCGGAAAGGAUGACCUCGCGGUGAGCGUCAUCGCGCGAACGAGCUACAAGGGGAAAGCAAUAAUUAACGAUCCCACCGAGGGGACGGGGAGAAAAAGACAGAGCGGUCGUUCGACUUCGAGAGACGGUCCCGAUCGGGCCGAUCAUCGAACGAAUUCGUUGAUUCCUUUCACGUCGCUAACACGAAGCAUACACGUACAAAGGCGUGCAUACAUUACAUAUAUACAUAAUCAUACAUUUAAUACGAGUCAUGUUACCGUACAGUUACAUGUUAGUUAUUACCGAGGUCAAAGCGUAAGACAUAACUGUACUCGAAUUCUGUUGUGUUUUGCUUAAAAAAUAUUAAUGAAACCACCCAAUUGCGAGA